GUAAACUUUUGGUGCGAGGUACCAGAACACCCGGCAUUUAUAACACGUAAUCGGUGCCCCAGUGUCAAAAACCUCGACAAAUACCUGAUAGAAACGUUUCAUAACCUGCAAAGGCAUCCAUAACCCCUCCAACAGAUCAGUGCCAGUGAUAACCGCGAUGUAACGUCUUGAAUUCCCGAAGAGCCUCACAACACCAGCUGGGACAUCAAGAAUCCCAAACUGAAAACCAUAAAAGUGAAGUUCCCUCGAUAACCACCGAAUCAACCAAAAAAAGCCAACAAAAAUGCCGAAACAAGUGGCAGUAGAGGACCUAGUGAUACCACCUCAAGACGGUCGAAUCUGCGGUACGAUAUGCAUCUGCCAAAUGACAGCUGUCCUCUCCUCAGUGGCCCUAGUCUACCUGACGGUGGCCAUCUACAUGCCCACCACCAGAGCAGUUGCCUCAGGUAUAACCCCAGUUCCCGUAAUGUGUACAACAAUUCGUACCGUAAACGCCGAUAACUGCGACUGGGGCAGCUGUGGUGAAUGGUGUUUAUCAAAAACAUCUGGACCCUGUUCCCAGAUUCAUGUAAAUCUGCGUCGAAAUGGCUCGACGAUUAUCCUAGCCAACUGCACCAACACAACCAAUAAAACGUGCUACGGUAUUGAUCAGGAGAAUGCUAAAAAAGCAAAGUGUAUAGCUGAUGAAUGCAAAAAUUUAACUGGAACGUUCAACUGUACCGCUGGUUUUUGUAUGAAUGUCACUGAUGCCUUUGAGUGUUCAUUCAGCGAUACAGAUCCACCGCUGAAGUGCUCAGGAAAACGAGGGAAGAUCACGUGUAUUGCUAUCGAUGGUUUAUUUAAUUGUAAUAGAGGGACUUGCGAGAGAAUACGAACGCCUUACAAUUGCGACAGGAGGUGUGUCGACAUUCCAACUAGAAAUAAGAAUGUUAUUCUUUUGAGUGGAGACAAGGUUUACUUGAGCCAGUGUGAGCGGGCCAUUGAUGUUGACAGUGGCAAGGAAAUCUGGAACGAAAAUAGAGGAGAUGUGAUGAUGGCGUCUUGCUACGGUAUCUUUAAUUCCAGUCUCGGAGUUGAGGCUGUUGAUUGCAUUAAUGGAUCGGUAUUGGAGAAGGAGAUGCUCACAGACUUGACCAAUUUUACGUACUUGUCUUACUUGAAUCUUUACGCUACCAAACCACUUGAUGAGACUGGUAUGAUCACACCUCCUGAGCACAGUCUCAUUCUCGCCAAUGAGAGCCGAUUGCUCAUUAAUCUUGAAGGAUGUGUCAAUACCCUGAGGGAUGAGUGCAGAGACUUCCUGCAUGAAUAUGGCAAGGAUGGAUCUGAUCAUAAUGCUAGGGCAAGGUUUCCCUGCUUCUAUGCUAAGGAUAAGACAGGUGUAGUUGUAUCGAGAUUUGACUUGGAUAAUACUUGGAAGGAGUUUCUCAUUGCGUUUAUUCUGCCAAGUGUAUUAUUCGUUGUCAGCUGUUUGACACUGAUUUGUAUACAGAGGACCAUUGUCGUUGGGGAUGAUGCUAGAAUGAGGUUCAAGGGACCUGGGGCACUCAAUGAGAUUCAUAAGAGUGCAAGGGAAUCUGGGCGAUGCCGGUGGAGGAGACUCGGUUAUGGCACUCUGAGAUCCGUCACGUAA